GCCCAGAGGUGGGUCCCGAGGAGGCAGCUGCCCCCUGAGCCUGCCUGUGCCCUGCUGCCAGGAUCCUCCAUGUUCAGAGCUCCCUGCAUGAGCCAGCGGCGGCUCGCGCUCGUCUUCUGCGUCUCCGUCCUCAUCGUGCUGCUCGUCGCCCUCAUCCUGCUGUUCAUGUUCUGGAGGUCGCAGACGGGCAUCGUGUACAAGGAGCCAGCCGAGAGCUGCAAGGACAGCGCCGUGCGCUGCGACGGCGUCGUCGACUGCUCCCAGAGGAGCGACGAGCUGGGCUGCGUGCGCUUCUCAUCCGAGGAGUCCUUGCUCCACGUCUACUCCAGCACCGAGAGCCAGUGGCUGCCGGUGUGCAGCAGCGACUGGGACGAGUCCUUCUCCAGGAAAACCUGCCGGCAGCUGGGAUUCCAGAAUGCGUCCCAGACCGAGUACAUCCCCCUGCACGUCUCUGGCAAGAGCCUCACGGUGACUGGUGAGCGAGAGACCAUCCAGCAGAGCCUCAACAGGUACCAGGGUCACCUCUGCCCCCGUGCCUGGUGCCACAGGAACGGGGCUGAGGCUCUGGCUCCUCUCUCCCGCAGCUCCCAGUGUCUCACGGGAAAGUACGUCUCCCUGCGAUGCACAACCUGCGGGCAGAGGAUUUCCGGCCGGAUCAUCGGUGGGAAGGAGACCUCUGUGAACAAAUGGCCCUGGCAGGUCAGCGUGCAGUACGGGCCCAUCCACAUCUGCGGCGGCACCAUCAUCGACGCUCAGUGGGUGCUCACCGCUGCCCACUGCUUCUUCAUGAACAGCAUGAAGAUCCUGGACGACUGGAAGGUCUACGGAGGGGUGUCAGACCUGAAGCAGCCCAUGGAGGGCAUCCCCGUGACCCAGGUCAUCAUCAACUCCAACUACAGCGACGACCACGACGACUACGACAUCGCCCUGAUGAGGCUCUCCAGGCCGCUGACGCUCUCAGCCCAGGUGCGCCCCGCCUGCCUGCCCAUGUACGGCCAGCGCUUCCAGACCGGCCGGUCCUGCUUCAUCACCGGCUUCGGGAAGACCAGGGAGAAUGAAGAUAACACGUCCCCGAAGCUGCGGGAGGCCGAGGUAAAGCUGAUCGACUACAAGAUCUGCAACAGCGACAAGGUGUACGAGGGCUACCUGACCCCCCGCAUGAUGUGCGCCGGCUACCUGCAGGGAGGGAAGGACGCCUGCCAGGGUGACAGCGGAGGGCCCCUGGUGUGCGAGGACGAUGGCCGCUGGUACGUGGCCGGGGUGACGAGCUGGGGGACAGGAUGUGGCCAGAAGAACAAGCCCGGAGUGUACACACGUGUGACAAAGCUCCUCAGCUGGAUAUACAGCAAAAUGGAGGUGAGGUGGCAGGGCUGUGCCUGGGCAGGGCGGCCCUGCAGAGGGCUGUACCCCAGCCCAGCCCCUGGCACCUCACCCCGCUCCUCUCUCUGUCCCUGGCAGAGCGAGAACGACUAA